AUGGCACGACAUGCAGAAUCAUCAUACUCGAAGAAGAAGGAUUUCAGCACAGCUAUCUUUGAAAGGAAGAAGGCUAUAAAUCGUCUGGUCGUUGAUGAGGCGACAAACGACGACAAUUCCAUCAUCUCCCUCCAUCCCGACACCAUGGACAAGCUCCAGCUCCUCCGCGGCGAUACCAUUCUCAUCAAGGGGGGAAAGAAAAGGAAUACAAUCUGCAUUGCUCUUGCUGAUGAUAAAUGUGGUGAGCCUAAGAUUUUGAUGAGUAAGGUGGUUAGAUAG